AAAGUUAUAACCAAAUCACACAAAACUCAAAAUAAUCUUCAAUUUGAGUUCUCACAAAUUUUUAAGCUAUGGCAUCCAUAAAAAUCACAUUAUCUAUUAUUCUAUUUCUUACUAUUUCCAUACAUUCUAAGGCAGAAUUAGGGCUUCUCAAAGAGACCAAAAUGUCAUUCUACUACCACGAUUACGCCGGCGGCCCGAAUGCGACCACGAUCGAGGCACGCGGCCCUUCGACCGAGCCCUUAAGCUUCAUACGGUUCGGAGCCUCAUUCGUCACGGACGACCCGAUAACCGAAGAAAUCGAGGAAGGCUCAACCCUAAUUGCGAGGGGCCGAGGUACAUACGUCAUCUCGGCCCUAGAUGGGACCCACGCUCAAGUAGUGAUGUCGAUUGUGUUUAUCAAUGGCGAGUACAAAGGCAGCACGUUGGAAAUACAAGGUUCAUACGCGCAGUUUGAGCGGCUGAAUGAGGCGGCGGUGGUGGGCGGCACCGGAAUAUUCCGGCUGGCACGCGGUUACGCGACGUACGAGGUUCUUUCCUAUGACUCCGUGAGCGGCUAUUCAGUCACUCAAUCUAACAUGACUGUGCUACAUUACUAAACUCUUGUGCUUCAAUUGGUUAAUGAAGCAAUCAUACAUGGAUUUCAAUUUGAUUGUAUUCGAAAUAUUUGUGCCAUCGGUGAUGGAUGUGAUGGAUUUGCAUUUCAA